AAAGCCCCCAUCGGGGACGGGGAGCAGCAGGCACCCUGAGAAGAGCCCAGAGCAGCGCUGCCAGAGCUGUGGGAGAGAGGCCAUGGAGCAGUACUUCUCAGCCACCCAGAAGAUGGAGCAGGAGGUGAUGUUCCCCAGCUUGCUCCGAGGGGUCUUCCCGCAAGAGGAGGGGGCGGCCCCGGCCGCAGGCAGCCACACAGACCUCUAUGAGCGCUACCAGCUGCUCAAGUCCAUCAAGCCCAUGGUGGAGAAAGGCCUGGCCUCUGUCAACGCCCAGAGCCCCACCGGUGCCGACAGCGACACGGACACAUCCUCGGACGGCAACGAGGCUGUGGAUGCCCAGCUGGAGGAGCGCCUGUCCCACCACCUGACGGGCUUGCAGCAGGUCCUCACCCACCUCACCAGGGACACCAACGCCCUCACCCGGAGGUACAGCCAGAUCCUGGAGCAGAUCAACCUCAGCGAGGGGCAGCCCAGCUGGUGAUCCUGUCCUGGCCACCAGGCAGAGACUCCAGGGGUUCAAGAUCUGUGGACCCAGGGUUGGUGGACUAUAUGUCUGCCGG